AAAGUGAACAGAAAGAUAAGAUGACUCAAGUAAAAGUCUGUUUCUAAAAUUUACUGCAGCAGAUUUAUGACCAAAGUUUAAAGUUUUGAGCUAGUUUUGAAUUUGGGGGUAUUUAUAUUUAAUCUCUCGCCUUUCACAUUUCCCAAAAAAAACCCACAAACCUCUUUUGAAGUGUUUUUAAUGUAAUUUGGCUGUAAUGAAACUCUUUAUUGAUCUCAAAUCUUGAGCAAAUAGAACCAAAACUAUCUGCGUGGAUAUAAAUGGUUCCUGGGUGAACUGAGCCUUUAAAAAGAGUUGGUAAGGUUCAAACACAACAGCUUAAUUUUAUUUCAUUCUUUGGGAUUUUCUGCCAUAAAUUGAGUGAGCAGAGUUAAUCAAACUAUCUAAUCCCCUUCAGACCUUCAGAUAUGCUCUGCAUCCAACUAUGACUCAGUGUGGUUGAAAACAGUCUCUUCUGUCUCUAUACAUCAUCGUGUUUAUGUGCCCAUAGCUUUACUCUCAUGCUGACCUCCUGACAUCCUGACCUCCUGCCACCGAUAUUACGCAGAGCUGCGAUGACGCCAGCUUCUGCAGAUGAGACAUGAGCAAACACACAAAAACGUAUAUUUCCCUGUCUCACAGCAUCCCAUCGUACACGUCCGUGUCAGGCUGCUGGAUGGUUCAGUUUAUUAGAGACAGCCCGCCUCCCCCUCAGCUGUGCGCAACGACCUCUGUGAUCAACUACAUCUGGAUUACUGGAAAGCAGAGGGGAUGAGACUACCAGAGAAAAUACCCCCGCCGACUCUUUAUCUUCUUUUGCAAGUUGUUAAAAGGGAAAUGCAUCCUCAGAUCUACAACAGACCAAAGGAAAUAUCGCUAACAAACACCAGCCUGUGGGCAUAUUUGGCGAUGGAAAACCCAAACUUUACGCACGGAUCUGUUACCAACGGGACGCUGGUCCAGCGUUCACAAUCGACCGGGGUCGAGAAUAAAAUCGCUUUACCCAUCCUUAUGUUCGCUGGAGGCGCCUUUGGGAAUUUAAUUGCGAUAAUCGUCCUUUCAGUAUCAAGACAGGAGAGAAAAUCUUCCGCUUUCUACACGCUGGUUUGCGGUCUGGCGGUGACGGACCUGCUGGGCACCUGCCUGGCCAGCCCGUUCACCAUAGCCAACUACAUGGACCAGAAAGUGCUCCAACACCAUAAUGUCUGCGAGUUUCACUCAUUUUUGUUGCUGUUUUUCGGUUUAACGGGGCUGAGCAUCAUAUGCGCCAUGGCAGCAGAGCGGUACCUGGCUAUAUGCUGGCCGUACAUCUACCAGCGGUGGGAGGUGGACCGACGCUUCGCGCAGAAGUUCCUGUUAUUCAUUUACAUCAGCCACAUUUUCUUCUGCUGCCUCCCGAUGAUGGGCAUGGCGAGGAGCGAGCUGCAAACGUCCUCUACUUGGUGCUUCAUCGACUGGAAGACAGUGUACUCCGUCCUGUACGGCGUCGUCAGCCUGCUGCUCAUCCUGGGCACCAUCGUGCUCAACCUGUUGGUGUGCGGAGCGCUGCUGCUGAUGCGGCAGAGGACCGUGCAGCGGCCCGUCACCAGAGCCAGCGUCCGGGAGAGGUGGAGGGCUCUGUCCUCGGCCGCUGAGACGCAGAUGAUCGCGGUGUUGGUGAUGACCUCCGCGGUGGUUCUGGCCUGCUCAGCUCCGCUGGUGGUCCGAGUGUUUGCCAACCGCUUCAUGCUGAAAAAUAAUAAUAACGACACAGCCGACCUGGCUGCCAUCCGGAUAGCCUCCGUCAACCCCAUCCUCGACCCCUGGAUCUACAUCCUCCUCAGGAGGUCUCUGUUUCGUCGGUUACUCAGUUUAUCCAGGCGAGGCAGCAGCUCUCGCAGUAGUUCUACACAUUCAACACCACAAAGGAAUCUGUUUUAUACCGGAGUCAUGAUGGACAACCAUGUGUUCACACAGCUGAUGUGCAACGCCAACGUCAUCAGUCAGCUGCCCGCCACCGUCACAUUCACUCCGUACGACACAGAGAACCUCCGGCAGACUUAAAGCAGACUGAAGACAUGUUGGACAUUCAUGAAUGUUGGCUGCGUCCUCCCGCUGCAGGCAGCUCGGUGCAGAGCCACAGACGUUGUAGUCAGAGGGAUGAAAGGACUCACAGCUGGAUCGCCAGAGCUCCUGCAGGAUUAUUUAUCAAACAGAGGUGGAGGACUGGUUGCUAUCUACAGUGUGUAGACGUCUCCUGCAGGCACUCAGAUGUUAUUACCAAAGUGCAACAAUAAGACUGAGUCUAAAUAUUGUGCCUGUCACUGUCAUCCAGCGUCUCCUCGUUACCAUCACAUCUCUUUUAAAGUUGCACUUUUUCCUCAUCAUGUCUCUACAGGAUGAGUUCACGGCUACUGUCAGACAGAUAUUAUAGCUCCUUUCAUCUGGAGGCUCUGUUCAAUAGGCCGCUGACUCUUAGAAGAUCCGGGGUUAAAGGUCACGGUAACAGAGCAAGAGUCUGUUUUUACUAGAAACUGGGUAAUCCAUCGCAACUCAUUUUAUAAAAGAUGUUGGAGGUUGGACUCCUUCCUCAGUUACAGGCACAUAAAUGGUAAAUGGACACUGUACUUGUAAAGCGCCUUUCUAGUCUUCUGACCACUCAGAGCGGUUUUACUCUACAUGCCACAUUUCACACACAUUCACUCAGUGGUGGCAAAGCCCAUCAAAAAGAAACUAACUCAUUCAUACACAUUCACACAGCGAUGCACAGCAGUAUCUUCGCUCAAGGAUGCUCCAACAUGGGGCAGGAGGAGCUGGGGAAUCGAAUCUACAACUUUCCGAUUGGUGGACGACCCGCUCUUCCUCUGGGCCACAGCCCCCCCCCGUCUGUGGGAAGUUUUCAUUAGAAGUUACUCUUUCAUCAGGACAGACUUUCGAAACACUGACAUGAACACUGAUGAAGCACUGACUAAAUGCUACUGAUGUAUGUUUAACAUUAAAGAUCCUAACGUGAACCUUUUGUCUCUAAUGUUUCACUGUUUUAGUCUUUAGUCUCGAGUGGUAGAAAGUUACUAAGUACAUUUACCUAAGUACCACUUUGAGGCACUUUAUACUACAUUACUAGAUUUAAAAGGGAUUUAU